AGCCGCGGCUCGAGCCGGCGGGGGUGCCCUCGACCCUCCCACCCUCCUCUUCCCCGAGGAGGACUGUUCCUUAUUGCAGCGUCUUGACUGCAGUCGAGGAGCUCCCUCGCUCCUCUGGCUCGCCGCCUCCAAGCGAUGCUCCGCCUUCCGCACCUUGCCACGGCCUGAGCCGGCGGGGGGCGCCGGGGCUGCCCAGAGGCGGCGGCGCGGCGGCUGCGCGGGCGCAGCCUCUCUGCCCGCGCGGCGGCGGGCGCGCCCCUCGCGCGGCCUGGGGCGCAGGAGACCAGCGUGCACGGAUGAGGUCGCUGGACGCCUUCGGGCGCCCGCUGCAGGAGUUCCAGGUGAGGACGGGCUGCGGCGGUUGCCUCUCCGUCGGCUCGCUCUGCGCGGUCCCUCCGGUCUUCCUGUCCGAGCUCCGGUACUUCCUGGAGUUCGACCUCAAGGACGAGACGGUGAUCGACCAGAACCAGGACCAGAAGCACCUCAACAUCACGUUGAACGUCACUCUCCCAGAGGUGCCCUGUGCCGUGCUCAGCCUGAACCUGAUGAACCCGAAGAAGGGGAACGUCAUGCACGUCGCCCACGACAUCUACAAGACCCGGCUGUCGCCCGGGAGGGGCAGGGCGCUGGGGGUCAGAGUCCGCGACAGCCUGCUCGACGUGGCCCAGACGCCCCAGGAGCUGGCCGAGGCGGCAGGCGGCGGCACCACGGUGCGGACCACGCACUCGACGGCGCACCUGCGGUGCCACUCCUGCUUCCAGAGCCACGAGGACGAGGCAGGCCUUCCCUCCUCCCGCGGGCGGUGUUCGGAGCUCGUGUGAUGGGGUUCAGCGCUAAGGGGGGCCCGACCCCCGGGUUGAGGCCACGUCGUCGUCGUCGUCGUCGUCGUCGUCGUCGUCGUCGUUCGUCGUCGUCCUUCUGCUCCUCCUCGUGCUCCCCCUCCUCCUCCUCCUCCUCCUCC